AUACAGCGAUCCCUCCUGACUAAAUAUACACAGUCACUAGCUACGUCACCUACAGUGGGUGUCACCUUGAGACAUCAGGCUGUUGGUGACAGGCGGAGCUAAUACUGGUCAAACAGUAUCAAAGAGAUAGACCUGCCAUUGUCACAGCCCGAUAUCACAGACUGGCAAGAUGGUUGAUGAAGAGAGAGUGUUUGGAGUCGUAGACUAUGUAGUGUUCGCACUGAUGCUGCUGGUGUCGGCGGGGAUCGGGGUGUUCUAUGCAUGUUGGGGGAACAGACAGAAAACGACGGGGGAGUUUCUGAUGGGAGGGAGAGAUAUGAAGACUGUACCUGUCGCCAUUUCCAUCCUAGUGUCCUUCAUGUCCGCCAUCUUGAUUCUGGGAACUCCAGCCGAGAUGUACCGAGAAGGGACGCAGUACUACCUGUACACGUUCGGUUUAAUUGGAGCCAUUGUUGUGUCUACAGUGCUGUACGUUCCCCUUCUCUAUCCACUGAAGUAUACAAGCUCAUUUGAGUACCUGGAGAAACGUUUCAAGUCCCGAGCUGCCAAAUUAACGGGGACCUGUAUCCUCAUCACACAACAGGUACUGUACAUGGGCAUCGCCUCCUUCGCCCCGUCCACAGCGUUAGAAGCAGUGACUGGAUUUCCAACAUGGGCCAGCAUCGUCACUGUUGGCCUCGUGUCAACGUUCUAUACCUCGCUGGGUGGAAUGAAAGCAGUCGUGUGGACGGAUGUAUUUCAGUCGGUGGUGAUGCUUGCCGGAGUACUAGCUGUUGUCAUUAGAGGGAUCUCUGUUGUUGGUGGAAUUGACGAGGUGUGGAAACUGAACCAAGAGUGGGGCCGAAUAGAAUUCUUUGACUUCAACCCUGAUCCGACUGUCCGCCAUUCCUUCUGGUCUCUCACUAUCGGCACAAUGAUUGGCUGGUCAUCCUUCUAUGGGGUCAACCAGGCCAGCGUCCAGCGCUACUGUGCACUACCGACACUACAGAAGGCCAAACUGGCGGUGAUGCUGAAUGUUAUUGGCAUCCUGGUGCUACUGACGACGGUGUGUCUGGCUGGAAUUACCACAUUCGCCUAUUAUGCAAAGAAAGGUUGUGAUCCUCUGUCGGCGAAGUAUAUCAGCAAUGCCAACCAGCUGAUUCCCUACUUCGUGAUGGAAGUGCUGGGCUAUCCAGGUCUUCCCGGCCUCUUCGUCUCCUGCCUUUUCAGUGGAGCACUCAGCACAAUGUCCUCGUGUCUGAAUGCCCUGGCUGCUGUGUGUUGGGAGGACUUCCUGAAACCUGUCCUCGGGGAAAGACUGAACGAGGGACAGAAAACACUUGUCACGAAACUUUUGGUGCUGGUGUUUGGUGGAGCUGGUAUCGGAACGGCCUUUAUGGCAAAGAAUCUUGGUGGAACAGUUUUACAGGCCUCACUGAGCUUCACCGGGGCGGCCUCGGGGCCUCUGCUCGGGAUGUUUGCUCUCGGCGCCUUCUUCCCCUGGGCUAACUGGAUUGGAGCAGUGGUCGGCGGUGUGCUGGGAUUGGUGUUCCCUCUCUGGAUCUCUAUAGGAGCUUACACCGUUGUAGGAACACCGUCUGGUCUUGAGUAUCCAACCUACAACUGUAGCUUCUCUAACAACACCAUCUCCGUGGCGACAACGACGUCAACGAUACUGACAACAUCAGAAGCUACCAGUCAACAUACUGGUUUAUCAGCCCUGUACACAGUGUCAUACCUGUGGUACCCAGGUAUCGGUGCUGGGACGGUGAUCAUUGUUGGUCUCGCGGUCAGCGCCCUAACAGGCAUGAAUCAACUGGGUGAUGUUGACACGACGUAUCUGGUCCCUUUCUUCGACCGCCUCAUCUGCUGCCUGCCUGACCCCGUCAGUAGAUGUCUCCGCUGUAGCCAAGAGUUCAAACACCCGAAGGAACUUCGGUCCGAGGCCAAGAUGAUGGAAGUGGUGACAGUGUAUAACGUAACCACAGAUCGAUCUGUGGAGGACACGCCUCCGGUCCAAGGGGUGUCAAUCAAACAUCACAUCUCGUAAUCCUUCCCCUACAAUUGUUUAUGAAGAAAAUCUACAAGAUCCAACUAAUUUCUGAAUCACAGACAGAAAAUAGCAAGGGUACCAUUUGUCAAUUUGUGGUCAACUGUCACGUGACUCCUAGAUGCCGUUAAUGUUUGUGUGUGGAGAAGUUUACUGAAUGGUUGAUAUAAAGACAUAAUAUGAAGCUUGUAUCUAACCAGUCAACAUCUAUAUACACAGAUAACUUUUGUAGAUAAAAACAUGCAAUAGCGUAGAAAUUUCAAA